GUUGUAGGUUGGUUUAAACCUCGAGCAAGAAGAAGAAGGGGAUGGAGGGGGAAAUGAAGUGAAAUGUAGAAGCUUAACUGUCACUUUAUGUUCUUCAAUACGUUCAGGAUCAGCUUCUGAGAAUCAAGUAUCAUGGGUCGCCACAGCAGCAGUUUUAACUCCUUUGUCUUUCCUGUUGUAAUGGGAUGUCUUGCUGCGUUGAUGCUUAGCAGCGCCUUGAUAUACUUGUAUCUGGAAGGUGUGUAUCAGUCAGAUGAGAAGCUAGUGAGUACCCAUGCUGGCUGUCUCUCUCAACACUUUAAACUGCCAUCAAUGGAAAACUGUAGCAAAUGGCUCCAGUGUUCACAGAUCAAAUCAGAAGUGCACAAGGUGAAGCUGAUUGGCCAGGGAGCUGUAAAGAAGGUUUACCUGGCAGAUUGGAAAGGUCAUAAGGUUGCUUUAUCUGAGCUAGCCUCUCUAGAAUACAGAGAAGACUUUCUUCAUGGACUUUCAAUGUUACAGGCCCUUCAAGACUCACUUGUGGUGCAGCUGGUUGGGUUCUGUCUGGAAAACAACUCAAUCAUUACUCAGCACCACCCACAUGGGUCAUUGUUGAAUCUCGAAAAUGUUCUGGCGCAGCCAAAGUACCAGCAUCUAAACACUUGGCACAUACGGCUAAGACUGGCCACAGACUACGUCUCCAUUCUCCACUACCUGCAUAACAGCCCUGCUGGAAGAAGGGUGAUGUGUGACUCGAACAGCUUGGAGAAAACCCUUUCCCAGUUCCUGCUGACGAAUGACUUCCAUGUGGUGAUAAAUGACCUAGAUGCGCUGCCUGAAGUAAAUCCAUCUGGGGGCAUGUUAGUGAAAUGCGGCAGCCGAGAGCUCACUGGACACUUUGUAGCCCCAGAGCAGCUUUGGCCUUUCAUAGACGAUGAGCAGCCAUUCUCAGAUGAUCUAAUGCCACCAUAUGAUGAAAAGACAGAUAUCUGGAAGAUUCCAGAUGUGACACAGUUCAUAAUGGGAAGGACUCCAGGAGGAGAUCUAGUACAUUUUCAUCUUUUUCAGAUCCAUAAGGAAUGCAAAAAUGUAUUGCCUAGGUUACGACCUUCUGCUUUUGAUGUUUUGAAGACAUAUAAAUCAGUCUAUGGUGCCGUUGUUAGAGAAAACAGAGAUAUGCUCUAGAAAGACGUUUUAUUAAUUAAAUAAACAGAAAAGACUGCAUGAA